UAUUACGCUGAAGCUUCAGAAGCUGAAAUUUGGUGCAACGAUAAACGCCCGUUGUUAUCAUCAUCCGAAGUUGGUCGGGAUGAAGACUCAACGCAAACACUUCAACGCAAGCUCGAAGCCCUCAGCCUCGAAAUCGACGCUUAUAAACCAAACAUUAAUCGGUUAUCAUCGAUGUCGAAAAGUUUACUCGACCGAAAUCAUUUCGAUGCGAAAAACAUAAUCGAGCAACAAGAAAAGAUUGAAACCGAAUUCAACGAAAUCGAGCAACUCUUAUUUGAACGCGAAACUAAGCUUUCCGAAGCCCUAUCAUAUUUCGCAUUUUUACGCGAAUGUAAUGAAGUUAUAGAGUGGUUAAUGGAUCAACAGACUAAAUAUAGCUCGGAGGAAUAUGGUACAGACGUUGAACACGUUGAGUUAUUAACGCAACAAUUCGAAAAUGUUUAUUCGAGCCUACAAAACAGUUCAAGUCGAAUUGAGAAUUGUAUCGAACACGGGAAUAAAUUGAUUAAAGAAAACGGGCAUAAAGAUAAAAUCGAAACUAAAGUCCGAGAAUUACAAGACAUGUGGAACGAUGUUUUGGAGUUAGCAACGGCCAGGAAAGAAGCUUUAAUAGGUGCUCGGCAAGUUCACGUUUUCGAUCGAACAGCCGAUGAAACAAUCGGUUGGAUUCAAGAAAAAGAAUCAAAUUUAAACAUGGAUGUUUACGCGCAAGACUUAGAAGGUAUCCAAGCCAUGGUCCGCAAACACAACACAUUCGAAAGCGAAUUAAAAGCCGUUAAAGAACAAAUCGACGCGAUUGAUCAAGAAUCAAAUAAAUUAAUAGAACAAUUUCCUGAUGCUGAAGAUCAUAUUGCUGUUAAACGCGAUGAUGCGUUCAACGCUUGGGAAGAUUUGCAAACGAAAUCAAAUCGGCGAAAAGACAAUUUACAACAAGCUGAACAACUACAAGCUUAUUUCGACCAACAUCAAGAAUUUUUAGCGUGGAUCAACGAAAUGCUAGCUAAAAUAACAGCCCCAGAACUGCCACAAGACGUCUCCGCCGCCGAAGGAUUAAUCGCGCGUCACCAAGAAUACAAAGUAGAAAUCGAUUCAAGAGAUGGCGCCUUAAUCAAUUUCAUGGAAACCGGAAAUAAAUUAAUCGAACAAAAACAUUUCAUGGCCCCAGAAAUUUACGAAAAAAUAACAACACUAGACCACCGCAUAAACUACCUAAAAUUAACAUGGACGAAUCGCAUGGACAUCUACCAAAAGAAUUACGACCUCCAAAUGUUUAAAAGGGACGCUAAUCUAUUGGACAGUUGGUUAUCAGUACGCGAAGGAACAUUAAGAGACCCAAAAGUAGGCGAAUCAAUCCCGCAAGUCGAAGAAUUAAUUCGAAAACACGAAGAUUUCGAAUCAACGAUCGCAGCGCAAGAAGACAAAUUUAACGCUUUGAAGCGUAUCACGAAAAUCGAGGAGGAAUUUAUGAAACAAAAAGAAAAAGAAGCUUACGAAAGGCAACAAGAAAACGAACGUUUGGAACAGCUAAGAAGAGCCGCGCAUAAAAAACGGUACGAAUUGGAGCGAAAACCCGAAUUGUGGCAGGAAAAAGUCGACGAUAACGCGCAAAAAGAACAACGACCGGAAGGGCCGACGAAUAUUACCAAAUCGAAUUCGGUUGCGCAUAUUUUUGGUGAUCGUAGACGCGGUUCCGAGGCGAAUAUUAAAAGGGCGGAGAGUAUGAAGGCUGCUACUGGGUCGAAACCGGUUAAAAGAACUCCUAGUUUUACCACGAGACGAAGAGGAUCAUUAAGACAAAGAAAUGAAAAUGAUUUACCACCAGUUGAAAUAGAAUCAUUCCUCGAACGAAAACAAGUUUUAAUAUCAGGGGGUAAAAAAGCGCCGAAUCGUCAAUGGAAAAUCUGUUACAGCGUUUUAUGCGGACAAUUAUUAUGUUUCUUUAAAAAUAAAGAUGAUUUCGCCGCAAGUAAAGCUUUAUGUUCUCCGAUCGGACUUCAUAAUUCGACAUGUUCCAUCGCGACUGAUUACACAAAACGCCGAUACACGUUCAGAUUGAUUACGAUAGAUCAAUCUGAAUAUUUAUUUUCUUGCACGCGACCAGAAGAAAUGACCGAUUGGGUGAGCAAAAUUUCAUUUAAAGCAAGAUUACCACCGAGUCAACAACUUGUAUCAUUAAAUUUUAUACCAAAGGAUCAACACGAAGAAGUUAGUUCGCAAUCGAGUAGGACUUCAAGUCCGGAUGUACCUGAUUCGGUCGUUUUGAGAUAUGAUCCCGGUAUUAAUGGAAACGCAGCAGCUAGUCAUGGACAAAGACAUACUUUUACAGGAGACAGUCCACCACCUUUACCAAUGACACAACCGCCGAAUAAUCACGCAAUAAGAAGACACAGUACGAUUGUUGAUGGAAGCAACGAAAGUUACGGAAAUAACGCGUUGCGAGAUGGAUCACCGAAAAUGGACUGGAAAGAUAGAAGUAUGCCAAGACCGUCAACAAUGCAAGUUAACGAUCAAAAAUCACCCCGAUGGAAGGAUAUGUUUUUUUCCAGGAAAAAGAAGUAGAUUUUGUUUAUUAUUUUUUGUCAUGUUUAAUUAAUUAAUUAAGUUAAAUGUUUUUGUUUUUUUGACUAUUUUUUUUGUAAAUUAUGGAAAUAACGAUGACGAAUUCAUUAUUGUUCGUCUAGUCUAUAACAGUGUUGUAUAUUUAGAGACACCUGUAUAUACAUAAAUAGUUUUUGAUUUUUUAUAUGUAUAAGUACAUAAAAAACGUUAUUCUUCUUUAUUAAUAAUUAACAUCACUUAUUGCUGUAAGAUAAAUACCAAAUAUUCCUUUUUCUUUUCUUUGUUGUUUUCUUGAUAAUUUUUUUUUUAAUAUUAUUAAUUUUCUAUUCUUUUAGUUGACAAAAAAAUUAUAUAAAUAUAUAUAAAUAUGUUUGUUUUUUUCUAGUUAAGACAAUAAACGUUUAUUGUAGA